AUGGUUCAUUACGUUCCCAAUUCUCGGAAACCACUGGAGAAUUUACAGCAAGAGAUGGAUUACUCACGGGGACGACCUCUGAAUCCCAAUUUAGAUAUUAGCCUUCCGACUUAUGUGAUCGAAAAUGCAAUUGUUCGUGCAAUAGCUCGCGACAACUUCGCCUAUCUUACGGACUAUGUUCGGAAGUGCCCAACCAACAUUACACAAUAUAUUUAUCACGAAGUGUAUACUUCGCAAAAACCGAUGCAAAAGAAAAUCACAAUAUGCUCUCCUCUGUACCAUGCCAUUCGUGAAAAUGCCCUUGGGUGUGUUCGCGUUCUGAUGCAAAAUGGAGCAAUGGCAUUUCAAUCCUCCUACGUGUUGCACUGGGGUGGUUUCCAGGAUGGAGAACCAACAAUUGAAAUAAUUGAAAAACCAAACAUAGCCUGGUUGGCAGAUCUGAUUUUAGGCAAAGAAAUUGAAUUCUCCUCGAGAAUUUUGAAACAAAUGAAAAUGGCCAAUGUCGACUUUGGGAUACCGGUGGAGGUAAGAGCACAACGCUUGCAACAACCGACUCCGAAUUCUACAAAGACAAUACGAUACAGUGAUGCAUGGGAGUGCAUUGAGAAGGCUAUUGAGAAGAGCUGUCAACGAGAAGAAUUGGCUAAUUUCAAGGCUAUUUUGAAGAAGCUCCAUUCUGCAUACAAUACAGAUAAGCUAGAACCUCUCUAUAUGAAAACGAAAGAAACGAGGCCCAAAAAGAUCUCUAGCGAACAGCCAGAAGCACCGCCAAAUUAA